GAGGCGGCUAACUGAGGGCAAAGGCUGCACAUCCUCUAAACCCGUUUUAGUUAGACGUUUUUGCACUAAAUAACAGAUCAUAUUUGCUCGCCUCGAUCUCAAGAUGGAGUCCGCCCCUUUUCCAGAGGAGGUGUCGGAGAGAAAAGUGUGUGUUGUCGGGUCGGAGCUGGUGGAAAACUACACUGUUUACAUCAUCGAGGUGAUGGAUGGAGAGCACAGAUGGACUGUGAAGCACCGCUACAGUGACUUCCACGACCUCCACGAGAAGCUGACUGCAGAGAAGAAGGUUGACCGACGGCUGCUUCCUCCUAAGAAAAUUUUAGGAAAGAACUCGAAGAGCUUGGUGGAGCGGCGGCAGAAGGAGCUGGAGCUCUACCUGCAGACGCUGCUGCAGCAGUUCCCACAGGCCACGCCCUCGUCGCUCGCCUGCUUCCUACACUUUCACCUCUAUGAAAUUAACGGCAUCACAGCAGCAUUGGCUGAGGAGUUGUUCCAUAAAGGUGAGCAGUUGCUGCAGGUUGGCGAGGUGUUUUCUCUGCGUCCUCUGCAGCUUUACUCCGUCUCCCAGCAGCUCCGUCUGGCCAAACCGACCUGCUGUAACGGAGAUGCCAAAACCGACCUUGGGCACAUCCUCGACUUCACCUGCAGGCUGCGAUACCUCAAGAUCUCUGGCACCAGAGGUCCAGUAGGAACCAGUAACAUCCAGGAGAGCAGUCUCCCCUUCGACCUGUCUGUUUUCAAAUCAUUGCUGCAAAUUGAGGUCAGUGAGUGCAACUCUCAGCAGAUUCAAGGUUUGUCGUCUCUGAGGUCGAGUCUGGCGACCAUGAGUAUCCACCGCUCCACAGAAACCAUGAUGUCGGUCCUUGUCCCAGAGGCGAGCGAGUUCUCACAGUGGGAACCCGAGGGGGUGGAGUCUGGCUGUCCUGUCACCGCCGUCAUUCCCACGUGGAAAAACCUGACCACGCUGGACAUGAGCCACAACUGCAUCAGCACCAUCGACAGCUCAGUGAAACUGAUUCGUAAGGUGGAGUUUCUGGAUCUGAGUUACAACCAGCUGUCCUCGGUGGAAAACCUCCAGCACCUGUACAACCUGGUCCACGUGGAUCUGUCCUAUAACAGCCUGCGGGUCCUUGAAGCUGCUCACACCCGUCUGGGCAACAUAAAAACCCUUCGCCUGGCUGGCAACCAGCUGGACCGACUGACCGGCCUCACCAAGCUCUACUCUCUGGUCAACCUGGACCUCAGCCACAACCAGCUGGCCCAGUUGGAGGAGAUCAGGAACAUCGGCUCGCUGCCCUGUCUGGAGAAACUCAACCUGUCCAGUAACCCCAUGUGCAUCAUCCCAGACUACAGAACCAAAGUCCUGGCCCAGUUUGGAGACCGCGCAGCAGAGGUUUGUCUCGACAGUAAAGUGACGACAGAGAAGGAGCUGGACACAGUGGAAGUGUUGAAAGCCAUUCAGAAAGCCAAAGAAGUCAAAGACAGGAUGAGCAGCAGCGACAAGAAGAUCAGUGAGGAGACCAGGUUGUCUACUGCUUCCUCCUCCUCCUCUUCCUCCUCUUCCUCUUCCUCCUCUUCUUGUCCGGCCCAGCAGGCUACCUGCCCCAGCCAAGAAGUGAUGAGCAGAGAAGAAGCCGCAGUUCCCCCCAGUGUUCUCCCUCCUGUGGACGCUGCACCUCCCCCUGAAAGCUUUAACACCAACACACACCUCCUGUCUGCUGAACCCACCCAGAGACAACAACCUGCUGUCAAUAUGUCUGAACAAACACAAUGUGGAGCUCCCACAAGUAUUACUACCACUACAACUACUACUACUACUACUACUACGGCCACUACUGUCUGUUGUGUCUGCUCCUCUUCCUCCUCCCGACCAGUAGAAACCAGCUGUUUGGUGUGCAGCGCCACCUGGUGUCCUCUGCUUCCUUCUCACCUGCUCUCCCUCUCCUCCUCUAACAAAGACUUUGUUACUCAGCUCUCCCAGUGUCUCAGUGCCACCUGGAGGGAGCAGAAAAAGAAAAAGCAGGAAGAGGAGGGAAAGGAGGAGAGGGAAGAGGAGAAGAGGUCUGAAUCCAGAGAGGUUCAGUUCCGUGUGGAGGGCACCGAGGUCGGCAGUCCCAGUCCGGGCUCCAGGGACGGAUACUUUGAGAUGGGACUGGAUGACACCGUGGAGGAGUCGGUCUGCUCCUCCUCUACGUCACUCGCUGCUCCUCCUGCAGAGGAGCUUGGUGGCCACCAAGGGGAACUGUCUGAGGAGGAGGAGGUGCACGUCAGUAAGGUUCUGUGGUGCUACUGCCUUCAGGUAGAAGAGAAGGUGGAGCAGAAGGAGAUGUGCCUGGUGCUGACAGACCAGCUGUUGGGACUGCUGUACCUGUCAGAUGAUUUCAAACGGACCAAUCAGGACGCAGACCAGGAGCAGAGUCCGCCUGUGAGGGAGGUGCUGUCAGGCCUGCAGAUGGACCUCCUGCUGCCUUACUCUCAGCUCCUGCUGUCAUCCCGAGGCGAGCUCCCUGACUGCUGCCUCGCCUUCGGGCUCCAGUCUGGUCCGACCCGCUGGUACAUCUUCUCCGAGGCAGAGGAGCUCCGGCAGACCAGGGCUGAGCUGACGGCGCUGAUCCAGGCAACAGAUUCUCACACCGACCCCGAGGCCUCAGACACUCCUCAGCUCCUCCCCCGUUCACUCAUCAACUCCUGGGAGCUGGAGGAGAGCCAGGGGGCCCAGGGAGGCUACCCUGCCCACCUCCUCCCCUCCUUCUCCUCCUCCUCCUCCUCCUCUUCCUCUGCCCCAGACACCCACCCUCUCCUGUUAGACAUCUUAUCCCAGAAAGAAGAACCCCGCCUCCCUCCUCUCCUCUUCCUCACCCACCGACACCUCUGGGUGCUGAAGAUGGACUUCAGAGAGCUGGCUGAAAGAGAGAGGAGCAACGCUGACCUUCAUCUCACCUCCUCCUCCUGGUGCAGGCUGGUCCGCGUGCCCCUCGGCUCCGUGGUGCUUCACCCUAGAGAGAGAGCUCCUCAGGUCGGGGACAGAUCCAGUCACACCUCCUGCCCUGGAGCAAAUCACCACCACAGGAGGAGUCACGCCGUGGAGCUGCUGCUGGGAAAUCAGAGGCUGCUGCUGCUCUUCCCUCUGGCCCAGGACAGGAGCUGCUUUUUGGUGGAGCUGAGCCAACGGAGAGCGUCCCUGGAGGGGCUGAAGAUGUUGGUCCUGCCCAAACCCUGCAGGCCCUGUCCACACCAAGGAGAACAUACACAAGAGCGUUGCAGAUCCAGAGACCAGUGCUGUUGUACCAGUACCAGGAAAGCACACAACUCCAGCAGCUGGGACUCUUCCCGUCUCCAGUUGGAAGAGAACCAGCCGUCCCCCCACCUAACCCCGGGUCUCUCCCCAGGACUGAAGCUCCUGGCUGGGUUCGGAGGACAGCAGCUGUUGGCCUUCUUCCACAGAUACAUAGCGCUGUCUGAGGCGGAGGAGGUGAGACAGGUCUUGUGGCUGUCUGUGGUUCUCUACAAGUCUCCGGAGGCUGAGCUCACCUGCUGUCUGCUGCUCUCCACUGAUACAAUCUACUUCUUGCUGGAGGACUCCGCCUCCACACUCGGCCAUCACACAGUGUUGGAGAUAACAGACUCUGGAGAUCCAGAUGUCUGUCAGUGCUACUGUCUCUCCAUCAGACUGUCUGAGCUUCUGUCUGUCAACGUGGGACUGUUCGACCAGUACUUCAGGGUCGUAGGGCGUUCGGCCGACCACAUCGUGUGCUGUCUCAGCAGGGACAGUUAUGGGACGGGCGUCUUUCUUCAGGAGCUGAUGUCAGCUCUCAGUCUGCAGCAGCAGCUUCCUCCUCCAGAGCCGUCAGAUCAGGACUUCUACUCCCAGUUCACCAACACAAACACAGGUAAGAUGCAGAACUACGAGCUGGUCCACAGCAGCAGGGUGAAGUUUAUUUAUCCCAGUGAGGAGGAGAUGGGAGACCUGACCUUCAUCGUGGCAGAGAGGAAGACUCCGGCCAGCGCAGCGUCUUCGUCAUCACGCUCCUUUAAUGUCCUGCUGUACCUGCUGGUUUUCCAGGUCCAGAUCCCGAGCCAAGGCUCUGCCCUCUCAGGCCCCUCCUCCUCCACUUCAGCCUCAGCCCCGUCUCCUGUGCUCCAGCCCAGGACCCUGAUCCUGACCAGCACCGAUGUGUUCCUACUGGACGAGGACUACAUCAGCUAUCCUCUGCCCGACUUUGCCAAAGAACCUCCCUCCAGGGAGCGGUACCAGCUGCGUGAAGCUCGGAGGAUCCGGGACCUGGACCGGGUCCUGUUGGGCUAUCAGACGUACCCUCAGGCUCUUACUCUGGUGUUCGAUGACCUGCCCGGCCCUGACCUGCUCUGUCACCUCACCAUGGACCACUUCGCCGCCGGAGGGGAGGAAGUCCUGCCCAGAGGCGGUGGAGCCAGCGGGGGCGCAGAGGGUGAGGUCCAGUGGUGUGUCUUCGUCCCGGGAGCUGACAGCAGAGAGAGGUUGAUCUCACUCCUCGCUCGCCAGUGGGAGGCGCUGUGCAGCCGGGAGCUUCCUGUGGAACUCACCGGCUGAUUGGUCGACAGGGAAUGAUGGAGAGACGGGUGACUUUUCAGCCCCUUGUUGGUUGGUGGGAGCUGACUGGCGGGUGGAGUCAUCAUUUGACUGGGAUAAUUUACACAUGGAUUCAGAGCUUGAUUAGUUUAAAGGCUUCAGUAUGCUUCAAACAAGGUUUCUGUUCGGCACCCUCACUUAAUAAGAUCUUCACUUCAAGCGUGAACUAGUUUAUACAACUUUUUGUCCAACCGCCUCUGUCUGUUUUGAACGUCGACACAUGAAGUCGAGGUGUCUUUAGGCUCAGCAUCAUGAAUCAUUCAAACGGAGAUAACGUCACUCUUUUUCAGACAGUCUCUCCACAAAGACAUUCAUAGUGACAGAAGUUACAACCUCACCUACUGUCCACACACCUGGACAGUCACUGCGUAACGUGGGUGCAAUAGUGAAUUGGUUAAAGUUAUAAAAAUGUGUCUUGAUGUAGUGGGAAGUAGUUUCAGAUGCUGUUGGACGAUCCAACAAGCACUUUGUCUGAAGCAUACCGACACCUUUCAGCUUACUUCUUAAAGCUCGGAGGGGACGUGGCUCUGCUCACACGCUGUUUGGUUAGCAGGACCCAGUGGACACCAGACUGCCAUUACAGACAGUCGGAGGGACCUGUGACCUCACAAGAAACUGAAAUAAUGGGAUUUCUUGGCACAACCUCACCUCGCAAAGUGUUGCAGAUUUACUUAUUCAUUGGUUGCCCCGAUUGACUGACUGACAGACUGACCGACAGACAGACAGACAGACAGACAGACAGACAGACAGACAGACAGGUGUUGCACAGCAGGGGGAGCUGCAGACAGUCCACAGGAGUUUCUACUUGAUUUUAUUCAUCAUUACCUUAAAUGAACAGUUUGUCAUUUCUGGUAAAUCCUCUUGUUCUCUGUCUUGUGUGUGUUUAGCCUAGCUUAGCACAAAGACUGGAAGCAGGACAGAAAACUGCAAGCCUGGCUCCCUCACAAGUGUAAAAAAAAUGUUUGAGUUAACAUGUUGUUAUUUAUGUAAAGUUGAUCUUAAAACCAAAACUCACUUUAACAUAUUUUCAUUUGUACAUGUUCCGUCUGAAUCCAGGUAAGGAGACAAGAGGAUUUCCCAAAAUGUUGGACUGUUAUUUUAAGACGCACGCACAUACGCACACACGCACACACACACUGCUGCUCAGCACAAUCUGCUUUCUGAACAUUUUAUUCCUUGCACAUUGUAAUUGAAGCAGUAUUACUGAACUGUAUACUAAAGCUUUUUAUUAAUAUUAUGUGAAUAUAAUUGUUGCUUUGGGACAGACAUGUUUUCCAUCCUGAAGAUGAUUUUGUACUAAACAUGAAGGACCCGAUGAUAUUUACAACAUGAACUCUGAAAUGACAUAUUUAGUAUUAUCAUUGAGUAUUAUUUUUUAUAUUUUCUUUGUGUUUUGUUUGUCAUGAUCUUCAUACAUUACUGUUGACAAAUGGGAAGCCAGCCACUGUUGGACCUCCCCACUCUUCACCAGUGUUGUUUACGUUACAUGUUGUUGUCUUGUUAAAGGGGAACGCCACUGAAUUAAAGUAAAAAUGAAAUCUCCCCAUGUAACAAUAAUUCCUGUUUGGUUAAGCGACAGUGGUUUGGAUCUUCGAAAAUCAGCAGGAUUCAACCGCAGACGGCGCACUGUUCAGCUGAUGCAGCGGUUAAGCUAGAAAACCAGUCUGACUGUGGGGCCAGCAAAAUGUGAGUCAUUUCAACUUAAGCUGACACUAUGAUGGACACAGUCGCUGAGAAAGUCUGUCUGAACAGGUGUUAUUAAGUCCACAAAUCUUGGUGUCUUAAAACAAGUGAAAAAAAUCUGCCAUUGGUGUGAGAUUCAACUCAGAAUACAAAUGAAGGUUCAAAAUUUUUAUUUCUU